AUGGCCAAGCCACAACGAAAACUGAAAAAAGCGAACCACGGGCGGCGACCUGCGAGCAGCAAGGAGCUUCCCUUGCCCGGUCGCGAACCCAUCGUCGAUCCUUCGACGGUCGAUUUCGACAACGUGAUUGCCGACAUCGAGGAGAUCCGACGGUGCAUUCCGCAACGGUUCGAGAUGGAACAGUUGACGGCCAUCCUCGUCGCCGACUUGGAGGACCGUAUUUGCAUCGGCUAUAAGGAUGUGACCGACGAAGACUUCUGGGUGCGAGGUCACAUGCCAGGCAUGCCGUUGAUGCCGGGGGUGAUCAUGUGCGAGUCGGCCGCCCAGUUGGCAGCCUACCUCGUCGGCAAGCAUAAGAUCUUCGACGAUAGUGUCCUUGGGUUUGCUGGAUUGGACGAUGUGCAUUUCCGUGGCACCGUUCAUCCGGGCGACCGACUGCUAAUGAUGGUCAAGCAGUUGCGGUUCCGUUCGCGUGUGAUGAUUACCUGCCAGUUUCAGGGGUUCGUCAACAACGAGCUGGUGUUCGAAGGCAAGCUCAAAGUUGGUGCUGCGGUGCUGUUUCCCCUCUACGACGAAAACCCCACGCAUCGCACCAGUUGGGUCAAUUACUCCAUCAUCCUGAUCAAUCUCGCCGUGCUGGCGUGGAUGAUGACCCUGCCAGACAACAAGACUGAAAAACUUCUGGUAGAGCGAGGAUUCAUCCCUGCGCGAAUCCAGCAGCUCAAAAACAAUAAACCGCUCGUGAUCCGCCCGCAGGUCGACCCGAGGCAAAUCCCCCCCGGCGGUGUCCCAGACGGCUUUCAGCAAGAACAUCGCCUCGAAGCUGAAGCCCGAGAGAUUGCCUUCUCGGCCGUGUCGUCCAUCUUCAUGCACGCGGGCCUGUUGCAUUUCAUUUCGAACAUGUGGUUCCUGCUCAUCUUCGGAAACAACAUCGAAGACCGCCUGGGCCACGUGGGUUACGCGUUCUUCUAUUUAGCCGGAGGCUUACUCGCCACAGCCUGCCAUUGGUACAGCGACCCGAUGAGCCCCGUGCCGGUCAUCGGUGCCAGUGGUGCGGUGGCAGCCGUGCUGGGUGCCUACGCCAUCACGUACCCGAUGGCAAAGAUCCGCACCUUUCUGUUCGUCAUCAUCUUUUUCACGAUUCUCGAUCUGCCGGCCUUCUUGGUGCUGGGUUUUUGGUUCGUGGGCCAGGUGCUGGAAGCGAAGAACGUAAUUCCCGGCAACCUGAAUGGUGGCGUGGCGUGGUGGGCACACGUGGGAGGCUUUGCCGCCGGAGCACUGCUGAUGCCGCUGCUUACCUUCGCCCGACUGGUUGACGAAGACGACGACUCGUGGCUCAAUUUCGAGGCAGGCUCGCUUCGCCAAUCCAGCAUUCGUAUUUCUCACCUUUCCGAAAGAGUUUUGUACUGCAUGGGCCGUCGCACGUUACGUAGAGUCGAUCCCGAGUUGGAUCUUUCGUACCACUUCAAAGUUCUCGACGAGAUGCCGGAGACGUGGGAGCCGGCCGAGCUGUUUAAAAACGUCGCUCCGUUGGAGAUCGAUGUCGGCUGUGGCAAGGGGCUCUUCGUCGCCUCCGCCGCUGUGGCACGUCCCGAGCGAAACUAUCUCGGCAUUGAGAUGGCCAAGCGUUACGCACACUUCUCGGCAGCUCGCGUCGCCAAGCGCGAAUUGGACAACGCCAUCGUUAUCGCUGGAGACGCCGGUCGCAUAUUCUCGGAGAUAUUAAAGCCAGCCAGUGUGGCCGAUGUGCAUGUGUACUUCCCCGAUCCUUGGUGGAAGGCCCGUCACAAGAAACGCCGGGUACUCAACGAAACUUUCGUUCGCAAUAUCGAACGGGUGCUCGAACCCGAGGGCCGGUUUCACUUCUGGACCGACGUGCAGGAAUACUUCGACUCGGGCUGCGAGCUGGUCUCCGAGAUAACAAAUCUCGAAGGCCCCAUGGAAGUCGUCCCCCGCGCUGCCGAGCACGAUCUCGACUAUCAAACCCACUUCGAACGCCGCAGCCGCAUGAAUGACCUGCCUGUCUAUCGCAGCGUGUUUCUGAAGAGUUUGGUCGAAACGGCGUACUCUUCAGCGAGCGGUAGUAUGGAUCUGACGGUAAUCGAUCGUGUACUCGGAAGCGGCAUCCCUUACAUCACCUAUGCGGUGCCCAUCUUCUUUCUGCUGAUUGGUGUCGAGGUGCUCGUCGGCAUUCUGGCCCGGCGGCGGCUCUAUCGAGUGAACGACUCGAUCAACGACCUGAGUUGCGGCGUGUUGCAACAAGUGGUCGGCGUGUUCAUGAAGGCCACCAUGUUCCUGGGCUACCUGGCCAUUUACGACUACUACCAUCUGUUCGACGUGCAGAACUUCUCCGCAGCCGGGAAGUGGGCCGCCGCGAUCGUGCUCUUCCUUGAGGUCGACUUCGCCUAUUACUGGUUCCACCGGCUGGCUCACGAAUGGAACGCCCCCUGGGCCACGCACGUGGUGCACCAUCAAAGCGAAGAGUACAACCUGGCCGUCGCCUUGCGGCAGGGAACUUUUCAGGGCGUGUUCUCAUGGGUGUUCUACACCCCGCUGUUGCUGAUCGGCUUUCCGCCGCUGUGGUUGGCCGCCGUGAUGUCGUUCGACACGCUGUACCAGUUUUGGAUUCACACCCGGGCGAUCGACAGGCUCGGUCCGCUCGAACACAUUCUGAACACACCUUCGCACCAUCGGGUGCACCACGCGCGGAACCCGAAGUACCUCGAUAAGAACUACGCCGGCACGCUCAUCAUUUGGGACAAGAUGUUCGGCACGUUCAUCGCCGAAGAGGAAGAGCCGGUCUACGGGCUGACCAAGCCGUUGAACAGUUGGAACCCGCUGUGGGCCAACUGGCACGUGUGGCAAGAGUUGUUCCGCGACGCGUACCUCGCCCCGAAGUGGACCGACAAGUUCAAGAUUUGGGUCAUGCCCCCGGGCUGGCGCCCAGAUGGAUUGGAACCGAACCCGCACGGCCCGCAGGUCACUCGCGAAACGGUGAUCAAGUACGACACCGAAAUCCCCAAAGGGCUGACCGCGCUGGUCAUCACCCAAUUCACGCUCACCCUGGUCAUCUCGGUGUACUUCCUGGCCAGCUACCGCCAACUCACCUUCGGCCUGUUAGUGGCCUUGGCCGGGUGGAUCAUCUGGUCGCUCACUAACAUCGGCGGCAUCUACGAACGGCGACGUUGGGCGCUAGUGAGUGAGAUGCUGCGGCUCUGCGUCUCCACAGCCGGCUGCGUCGCUUGGCGGGCGGGGCUGAUCGGAGGCGAGUCGCUAGCCGAGUGGAAAGCCGUCGCCCCGCUGAUGGCGGCCUCGUUCGUCAUGCUCACAGGCUGGCUCUGGAUCUACCGCGGCGAGUUCACCGGCGUGGUUACCUACUACCGCGGACUUGUACCCGGGCUGAUCAAGCCACAAGAGGCCAGCGUCCCCCAACCAGCCGCAGUGCCUGUGGAAGCGGGCGAGACGCUGGUGAGCUAG